AGAACGGUGGUGGAGAGAAACUAAAGCAACAAUGGGCAACACUCAGUCACCUUCCACAAAUCCCCGUAUAGCUUCCGCCACCAGAGCUUUCACACAAAACGAACUGGAAGAUCUCAAAUCUUUGUUCGUGUCACUCGCUGCCCAAUCGCAAAGCAACGAUCAAUACAUCUCUCCCUCUGUUUUCAAGGCAUAUAUUGGACUCGACGGCCCUCUUGGCGAUAGAAUGUUCGAUUUAGUCACGGAGAAACGUAAUGAUCAAAAACUUAGUUGGGAGGACCUCGUAAUUUCUAAAGCUACUUACGAGAAAGGAACAAAUGAUGAGAUUGAAGAGUUUAUUUAUCAAUUAUUAGAUGUCAAUUGUGACAGUGUGUUGGGGAGAUCUGAUCUGGAAGCUGCUUUGACUGCAAUCCUUGAUAGUAUAUUUUCUUGGAAAAGCUCAGAAGGAGCAGGUUCACAGCGGAAAAUUGUUGACAUUUUUCUUAAUGCUGCAACAUUUUCAAAGAAUGAUGAAGGACUUGCUGAAAAAAGCAUGUCUUUUGAGGAUUUCAGAAGGUGGUGUACCCUUCUUCCAUCUGUUAGGAAGUUCCUUGGAAGCUUAUUGAUGCCUUGUGAUUCAGGGAGGCCAGGGUCUCAGGUUCCUCGUCUACUGCAUCAGAGAAUCACUGAUUCUAGUUCAUUAUUACUGAGGGAAGAAUAUGCUUGGCAUAUAGGAGGAGCCCUUUCCCAACAGGAACUGGAUGAAUGGAAACUCCUGUACCAUAGUUCUGUUAAUGGCCUAAGUUUCAAUACAUUCCUGGGCAGUGUAUCAAAUCACGAAGGGUCAACGGUGUUGAUUAUUAAGGAUAAAGAAGGCUUUAUAUAUGGAGGUUAUGCAUCUCAGCCUUGGGAGAGGCAUGCCGAUUUUUACGGGGAUUUGAAGUCUUUUCUUUUUCAGCUAUUCCCAGAGGCAUCCAUAUUCCGGCCUACUGGAGCAAACAGUAAUUUACAGUGGUGUGCUGCGAACUUCAGUUCGGAGAGUAUCCCAAAUGGCAUUGGUUUUGGAGGGCAGGUGAAUCACUUCGGCUUGUUUCUGUCUGCAAACUUUGAUCAGGGGCACACCUUCUCAUGCACCACCUUCGGCAGUCCUUGCCUAUCAAAGACCAACCACCUACACCCGGAAGUGAUAGAAUGCUGGGGAAUUGUGAAGGGAGCACAAGAAGAAAGGCAAGAUGGCGUCAAAGGCAGCGUACUAGAGAGAUUUAAGGAGGACCGUCAUAUGCUUAACAUGGUUGGGCUUGCAAAUGCUAGUGAUUAAUCUGCUGAUCCCAUUGACACAAGGAAAAAGAAAAAACUAAGCCAAUUCUGUAUCAAAUCAGCCUGCCCACUUCAUGGGUUUGGACAUACGAUCACCCUUUUUCUUAUGAAGACAUCUUUCUAUGGGGGAUAAUGUGGUUACAGGUAUGUACGUAGUUCUAAAUAGCUAGUCUGCAAUGUUUUCACAGCUAUAUAGCCCAGAAAUAUUCGUUGCAUGGUGUUCUCAUGUUUAUGGUAUGUAUGUAAUUGAACCGGUAACUAUUGAAGACUUUACACCCUGAGCGACAUGUAAACCUGUUUCAAAUGGACAAAUUGACACUGCACGUCUCUUUUAGCACUUGUGUGUCAUCCGCAGUUAUGAU